AUGGACACAUCUUUCCUUUUAUGUGAUGAUGAAGACCACGCAUUCCUCUUCAUGCAAAACAAUGAUUACAAUGAAAAUAUUACCAUCAACUCAUUGAACCAAAAUCUCAAUUCCAAAUAUGAAAAGGAAUACAUUGAGUAUUUGUUUACACUUGAAAACAGAAAGUUCCCAUCCUUCAGUUAUUGCUUCAAGUCCACCAUAGGCCAUGUUGAUUUCAACAACAUACUACGUAUUAAUGCCCUCGACCACAUUUUUAAAAUACAGGAAAAACUUGGAUUCAAGCUCUGUACAGCUUAUUUGUCAGUGACAUACUUUGAUCAGUUUCUUUUGAAGCAACACAAACACAUCCAUGAAGAGAGGUAUGUUCAGCUAUUAUCUGUGGCAUGCUCGUCUCUUGCUGCAAAGAUGAUGGAAGAGCGUGAUCUACCGCUUCUAUUUAAAUACAUAACGGAAACAUACGAAGAGCAAGGUUUUGUUGACAUGCCGUGUAUUGUGGAGAUGGAGGUAGAAGUUUUUAGUACAUUGGAAUGGGAAUUGCCAACUGUCACGCCUUUUGAUUUUCUGCGUUACUUUGUUUACUUGUUUUGCACUGAAUAUCCACAAGAACCAUUGAUCUCACAAGCUGUAGAACAUGUUUUGGCUAUCUUGAAAGAUGUUAAUUUGAUGGAUCAUAGACCAUCGACUAUCGCCUUGGCUGCCACAUUGAUGGUGGCUUUUGAUGCUGCAUUAACAAGAGAAAUCAUGGAUCUGCACAUAGGUGAAAUCUUAUUGCAGCUAAAUUUAGACAGUGUGAGUUUUAUUAGUUCUUUAUCUGGUUUUUGUUUCUUGUGUAAUCAUAAAUAA